UGGGCAUGCCUUCUCUCCCUCUCUCUCGGGAAGGGGCAUCAUCUCCCCCGUUGGAGGAGCCAAGGGUGCACGGACCGCCCCGCUGCAGUGCGUCUCCAUGGCCGAGGGCCACACAAAGCCCAUCCUCUGCCUUGAUGCCACAGAUGAGUUGCUUUUCACAGGAUCUAAAGACCGCAGCUGCAAGAUGUGGAACUUGGUUACGGGUCAGGAGAUCGCAGCUCUAAAGGGCCACCCCAACAACGUGGUCUCCAUCAAGUACUGCAGUGACUCGGGGCUUGUCUUCUCUGUAUCCACCUCCUACAUCAAGGUGUGGGACAUCCGGGACUCAGCCAAGUGCAUUCGGACCCUCACGUCCUCAGGCCAGGUGAUCUCGGGUGACGCCUGCACCGCCACGUCCACACGCGCCAUCACGAGCGCUCAGGGUGAGCAUCACAUCAACCAGAUCGCGCUCAGCCCUUCAGGCACCAUGCUGUAUGCCGCCUCGGGCAACGCCGUCCGCAUCUGGGAACUCAGCAGGUUCCAGCCUGUUGGCAAGCUGACUGGACACAUCGGCCCUGUGAUGUGCCUGACGGUCACCCAGACCGCCAGCCAGCAUGACCUCGUGGUGACUGGCUCCAAGGACCACUACGUUAAGAUGUUCGAGCUGGGCGAGUGUGUGACAGGCACCAUCGGCCCCACCCACAACUUUGAGCCCCCGCACUAUGACGGCAUCGAGUGUCUCGCCAUCCAGGGGGACAUCCUGUUCAGUGGCUCCCGAGAUAACGGCAUCAAGAAGUGGGACCUGGAGCAGCAGGAGCUCAUCCAGCAAAUCCCUAACGCACACAAGGACUGGGUGUGCGCCCUGGCCUUUGUCCCAGGCCGCCCCAUGCUGCUGAGUGCCUGCCGUGCCGGUGUCAUUAAGGUCUGGAAUGUGGACAACUUCACGCCCAUCGGGGAGAUCAAGGGCCACGACAGCCCCAUCAAUGCCAUCUGCACCAACGCCAAGCACAUCUUCACAGCCUCCAGUGACCUGACGGUGAAGUUCUGGAGCGUACGGCGGUUACCUGGUGGCCCACCCUAGGAGUGAGGUCCGAGGGAUGCCCCCGACCCUCGACCCCGGCAGCCUGGACAGCAUGGAAGGGAAGCCGUGGCCCGGGCCGAGGGGCCAUCUGCCCUGGGGACAGAGGGUGUGGGCAGUGGUGUGGCCCCUCUCCUGCUCUCCCUCAUCCCCCUCAGCCUUCCCACAGGACACUGUCCCUCAGUCCCUCCCCUGCCUCUUGGGAGCCUCUUGGUGAGAGAGACUGGGGAGGCAAUUAAGCUGUGAAGCCAAAGGGCAUUGUCCCCUCUCGUUCCCCUCCCAGCAGUCCUUGGCCUCCCUGCCCCCUCCCCUCACUGGCUGCAUUUUCUCCCACUCAGCCACCCUGCCCCAUGCUCCAGCCAGUGGGGCCCUGUGAGGAGGCGAAGCGGCCCCAGCCCCGAGUGCCCCCCACGAGCUGGCCUCCCCCACAUCUCCCAGCCUCGCCUCUGGAGCCUCUGCACCUGCCUCUGAGCCCCAAAAGAUAGUCCUCAGGUAACCAUGGAAACCAGGUGUAGGCCACUGGGCCUUGUAGCUGACCCUGAACCUUGCAGCCACCAGCAACUAGUCCCAGCUGGCCCCAGCAAUUUCUUGGGGUCACUUUCUGAGGGGGCCAAGGUGGAGCUGCUAGAAAGAUUCCUUUGAGGAGAUGGUCAGAAAUACUCCAGUUUUAAUUUAUUAUUUUUUUAUUUUUAUUUUUUGCUCUUGCCUCCUGGAAACUGACUUGAAGUUUCUUUCCACAUGUUCUUUCCCUCAGUUCUUAGGGUCCAGGAAUCCCAAAGGGAGUCAGGUCCCCUGGCCUUCGUGCCACCUCCUCCGUUUGCUUUGCAGAGGGGGGAAAUGCCCCUUCGGUUCUUUGCAGCUCAGCCUGUCCCCAACACUGCCCCUGGGGACCUUUGUAGUACACCCAGCCUUUAGGCCGCCUGACGCUUCAGUGCCUUCCAACGUCCUGGGGCCUGGCCCCAUGCUGGGCAGCCUUACACCAGCCACGCCCACGGUGUCACGCGUGUCUUCUCACUUGCGGGCUCUCAUGCCUGCUGCCCCCCCCCAAAGGUGGGGAGCUCGCCCCGCAGCCCAGGGUGAGGGCGUCCCAUUCCCCAGAGUCCUGUGUGGGUCACAUAGGAAACAGCUUGGUGGCCUGUAUCUGUUAGGAAGUGGCUUGGAGGGUAAGGAUGGCUUGCCCCUUUGCCCCCACCACCUGCCCCAUCCAUGCUUAUUUUCACCCCCAUCUGGGACAGGGAAUCUCUCCACCUUCUUUCUCUCUGGUUAUUCAGGAGACGUGUUUUCCAGCCUUAAAACUGACAUGGGGCACAGGUCCUCCCUUUUAGGAGAUUAGUGGUGAAGAGGGAGUUCAUUGAAUCUCCUUUCCCUGGGGCUGUGGGCCCUCAGCUCCUGGGAGGUUGUUAAAUCAAUGUUGGGGCGCUCCCUGUUGGGGCAGGUCUGAAUUAACAGGAAUGGGCCUUGGAAGGGGCCCAGCUCCUUCUGUCGCCCCGACCCUGCCAAGCCCUUCCACACAGUUUUCCAUUGCUUCACUGGUCUUGUGCUUCCUUGCUUCAGUCUGGGAGCCAGGAACCCCAACUCCGUUCAGAGGACAUGGUGACUUUUGGACUUUCUGGAGGUGGCUCUGUGUUGCUGCCCUCAGCUCCUCUCCUCUUUGUCUGGGGCACUGGAGCCUGCUCCAUGUGGCCCUGGUGUGGGAGAGGCCGGGCCCCAGUAAAGGCUGUGUGAGGGCUGUCCUCCUCUCCUCGCAUCCUCCCUGGAGCUGCCCCAGAGGCUAAGAAGGCUUGUCCUGCUGUGUGUGGCCACUGCUGGACGUGGCGUUGAAGUCUGGGUGAGGUGAUGUGCAGGAAGGACACACCCUCAACCGCUGGUCUCCUGGAACCUGGACAGUCCGUCUGUGAUGACUGGAAAUCCUUCCUCCUGUGGCCAUCCCAAGGGUGCGGAGCGACUCCCUUAGCACUCAGCAGUGAUCAUGUCUCUUCCCCUCGUCCAUCCCUCCCCACCUGAACAGAAAGCUUUGCCCUUGCAACCUGUAAGAAAGAAUUCGUCCGCAUGACUGUUUACAAACUGUAGAAACACAUAAGACUUUGUGCCCCUGCCAUGGUCCGGAGAUGCCCCCGCCUGGGGUGACUGCGCUGCAGCUUCAAGGCCUGUUCUUACACGAGCUGUGAUCUUACGGCCCUGUGAGCGGUGCUCCUCGUCUCUGCCCAUUUCCUGCUGUUGCUGAUGGGUCAGCUACCUCAUGGUGGGCGGCUCUGCUGUCCUAGCGAGCAUCAUUAACUCUAAACUUGAAGUCCUUCGGGAACCCUGAACCCAUCGUCCCUGAGCCACUCCGAGCUGUGCUCCACGAGUGCUGGAGUCUCACCCACUCUUUCAGGGAUGUCCUAGGUACAUAGUUAGGGGCAGGCCCCCAGCUGCACUUACUGCACAAGCAUCCUAAAGGUUGGAAGCACAAAAUGGUUGUGAUUUGAGCACAAUGGCAGGGCUCUCACAUGCAGUCUUGGAAGACCUGGGCCCAGGAGGCUCCUCCCAGGUUGGUCUGUCCAAAGUCAGACUGGGGAUGCCCGUGUCUAGGGGCGGGGGCGGGGGCGGGGGGAUUGCUCUUGCUCAGACUGGGGCUUGGCUCGUGGCUUGUCCUUACGCGGGGACUCAUCACGUUGCUUCUUACCAUUCCGUGCCCAUCCUAAGACUUGAGGCUGAGCCAUGGCGAGCCAAGCCACACCUAUGCCAUGGGCUCAGGAGUAGGGCCCUCUCCAGACCCUGUACCCCGGGCUUUAAAUGCCUGAGCACAGGCUGGGUCCCAGUCUUGUUGCACCUGAAGAGCUUGGGCCCAGAUUCCCUGGCUCCUGGGCUGCAGCCCCAUCAGUGCUUCAAGGCUUAUUGGCAAGUUCCCUGGAUGGAAGGCAUGUUCCAUCCCCACAGCCGCUGGGCCUUCUCAGCACAGUCCUGUGCCAGGACUCGCUGUCAGUAUUAACCAGUUCAGUGUUUGCUUCCAUUUGAGUGACUGACUCCUCCAAGGCAGCCUGAGUUCUCGAAGGCAGGACCUGGAGUUGGCCUUUGGAGAUUGCCAAGGAAGGAGGAAAGGCUGGAGGCAGAGGCUGGCACACCCAGGCCUUUGAGGUGGUCAGGGUGCCACCUUCAGCCCUGCAGGCAGCUACAGCUGCGGAUUUGGGAGUGGCCUCCCUGCCCGCCCACCCUCAGCCGCAGCCUGGGAAGCUCUCCACCUUCCGUUGUCCAGCCCUGCUGUCUGCAGGGGCUGCGUGACAGAGUAAAGCACAAAACUGCUAUGGGGAAGACGCUGAGUUGCUGGGACCUCCUCCUGCCACCUGAUGUGGUGGAGUCUCAGGCAGGCGGUUGCUGUGAAGUCGAGGAACAGAGUGUCUCUCCCUGCUCUUGGGGGCAUCCCCAGUGUAGUGCGGCUGGGCGCACACACACCUCCUUUUUCAGACCCUCCUGUGCCCAGUAUGUUCGCCAUCGUGUUUACGUAGGCAGGACCUGUUCUGCAGGGGCAGUGAGUUCCUCCCCACUGUGUGGCCCAGACCUGUGGCAUCUGUCCCUUUGCCAUCCCAAACAGGAAACCGCUUGAUGCUCUCUUCAUUUGGCGCAGCCUCCUGAUCGAUGGCCAACACCCCCACAGGCCUUCCUGGGCCUGGCCCUCCUCUCCUGGCUCCCAGGUCCUUCGCUGCCCUCAUGUGCAAGGACAGAAUCUAGGGGGAAAGUUCUGUUUCUCCUCUGGCAUCUUUGUUCUGUCCCCUGCCCCACACCCGCACCCAUCCCCAGCACUCAGAUGAUCCCCCAGCCCCCAUCACACUGCAGUUCAGUCCUUUGAAUCCAUGUCGCUGAGGGCCCUGCAGGAAAGUGGAAACUGCUCCACCAAGAGCUGAGGGUCAGAGAAGACCCUGAAGUGUAACAGGGCCCUGCCCUACCCACCAGUUCUUUUCUAGUGAUCACCCCCUGCCCAGGCUGCAGGGUUUCAUUUGGCCCAUGCUCUCCUCCGCGAUGUGGCUAGCACAAGGUGUGUAUAUGUUUUGUACCUCUGCCGAUGACUGUACAUAGUGUAUGAAAGUUAUUUAAGCCUCAUGCUGUACAUUUCUGUUCCUAGAUCGGAUGGAUGUGUUCUAAGAAGUUGUGAUGAAUAAAACUGAAUGACUGUUGUGGAAGUGUGGCCCCUGAGGUCUGCUGACCUUUGGCUGGUGGCCCUUUUUUAGGGUGGGAGAUUGGUAGUGGUGGUACGUGGGGCAGGCCUCUGGGGUAGGGCCCAGCCUGAUGAGAACUUCCUGGGCUGUGAGUUUGGAACUUACCCAAUUAAAAAGCAAAGCUUUGUCCCAUU